CAUCUAGGAAUUAUGCUUCAUUAGAUCUAGGGUUUUUGUCACACCAUAUAAAUAGAGAUAUAUAAACAUCCCCACAACUCUUCCAGCCGUCACUCCUCUCAUCUCAACGAUCAUCCACACACACAAACUCCAUUACAAUGGCCGUCACAUUCUCCGAUCUGCACACCGAAUCCGGCCUCAAAUCGCUCGAAUCUUUCCUAUCGGGAAAAACCUACAUCUCCGGUGAUCAGAUCAGUAAGGAUGAUGUGAAAGUUUACGCCGCUGUGUUGGAUAAACCCAGUGCUGAUUUGUACCCUACUGCCAGUCAGUGGUAUGAGUGUGUUGCUUCAAAGCUUGCUGCAAGUUUCCCUGGCAAAGCUGCUGGUGUUGGAAUCUCUGCUCAAACUCCAUCUGCAGAUGCUGCUCCCGUCAAGGAAGCUGCACCUGCAGCUGCGGCUGAUGAAGAUGACGACGAUCUUGAUCUGUUCGGUGACGAGACAGAAGAGGAAAAGAAAGCAGCAGAAGAGAGGGAUCAAGCAAAAGCAUCCACAAAGAAGAAAGAAAGUGGGAAAUCAUCGGUUUUGAUGGACGUAAAGCCAUGGGAUGAUGAGACCGACAUGAAGAAGCUAGAGGAGGCUGUUCGUAGUGUUGAGCUACCUGGGCUUCUAUGGGGAGCAUCAAAACUUGUUCCAGUCGGUUAUGGGAUAAAGAAGAUGACAAUUAUGUUGACGAUCGUUGAUGAUCUUGUUUCUGUUGAUGAUCUUAUUGAAGAGCGUCUUACAGCUGAGCCGAUUAAUGAGUACGUGCAGAGCUGUGAUAUUGUUGCAUUCAACAAGAUUUAAAUGCAACAAGUCUCAGAUUAUGAUCAGGGCCAUUGGAUUCAAACCUCGAGUUUUGCUUAUAUCGGACGGUUGUGAUCGUUCAUGUUUUUUUUUUCCUGAAACUUUUUAGUUUGAUGUUUAUCAUUGUAUUUGUAACCUUUAAUACUAAGUUUUAUUGGGAUUACUGUUAGGUUUUCUUAUGACAUCUGUUUUUGUGUUUGUUUAAAGUGAAACAAUUAUAAAGUUGUGAA